AGAAAAAAAAUCGUUCUGUCUCGUACAACCAUCGCUGUAAAAUGUAUUACUUUUAAACAUAGUAAGUUUAAUUGGAAAAAAAGUGAUAGGUGAAAGUGACGAAAAUGGUAAGAGUAGACGAAACCGUGCUAAAAUACGGCUGUAGGUAUGAGCAUGUCAUGUCCUUUGAGCCCAGGGUGGAUGAAAAAUUUCAGUAACAUUUUUUUUACACGACAACAAUUGUUUCCCCUGAGUAAGCGUUCGCCAUAAAGCAAGUUUUAAUGUUCUUAAAGUCGCUUUCCACAUUCUUUAGCAGGCUGCACUUUUCAGCUACUCUUCCCCAGAAGCUAUCGGGAACAUUACAAGGACAAAGAGCAAAGUUUCACAGUCACCCGCUUACAGUUAGUCGACCCAACAUGAAGAUUAAGCUACUACCUGCACUCCAGGAUAAUUAUAUGUACCUACUUAUUGAUGAGGCUACCAAACUUUGUGCUGCAGUUGAUCCUGUUGAUCCCAAACUGAUUAUGUCUGCUGUGCAAGAUGAAGGAGUGUCACUUACCACUGUAUUAACCACACAUCAUCAUUGGGACCAUGCUGGUGGUAAUGAGGGGCUUGUAAAAUUAGCUCCUGGCAUUGAUGUUUUUGGUGGUGAUGAUCGAAUUCCUGCAUUGACAAAUCAUGUUUCCCAUGGUGAUGAAUUAAAGCUUGGAAGUUUAAAUAUUAAAUGUCUUCACACGCCUUGUCAUACCACUGGCCAUAUCUGUUAUUUUGUAACUAGCAAUGAUGAACACCAACCUGCUGUGUUUACUGGGGAUACUUUGUUUAUUGGAGGUUGUGGCAGAUUUUUUGAAGGAACAGCAAAUCAAAUGUAUGAUGCUUUGGUGAACAUUCUUGCAGCUCUACCAAAAAAUACGAAUGUUUUCUGUGGACAUGAAUAUACUGUAAAUAACCUCAAGUUUGCAGCUCAUGUUGAGCCCCAAAACGAAGCUGUUCAGGAAAAGAUCUUGUGGGCAAAGGAGCAAAGGUCUCAGAGCAAGCCAACCAUUCCAUCAACAAUUGGAGACGAGCUUCUAUUUAACCCGUUCAUGCGAGUCAGAGAAGCAUCUCUACAGAAGUAUGCGAAUCUUACUGAUCCUAUUGAAGUAAUGAAGUUUAUCCGUAUAAAGAAGAAUGACUUCAAAGGAUAAUAUCAUUUAUUUGAAUUUAUAUGUGACAUAUAACAAGCUGUUGAUUUAAAUUUUGUUAUAAUCUGUGUUUCAAUAAAGAUUUUAAAAAAGUUA